UUGCUCCACUACAUUUUAAACACCACGAGAACCUGUGUUGACUUUGCCGUCUGCCUUUUUCUUUUAGUGCGCAAGAUUGUGAAGUUUUACGUUUUCUUGAUUGAAUUUAAAAUACAAUAACAUUAGAAGUUAAAAUUGUCUACUGCUGAAGAUUGAACCAUGGCAAUUUCCAAAAUACAUUUGGUGUUUGUAAUAUGAGCUGUAAACGGUUAAACGAAUUAAUGCACAUGGAGGACUUCUCACUAAUAAUGACGAAGACGAUUCUCAGGUUAUAGUACCUGUCCUACAACGUGCUCCCGUCAUGAAGACAAGCUGUCCAUCCAGCCCAGCGGAGUUCUAUGGGGACUGUUCCUCCCUUUUGUCCCUUGACUCCAGCGUCUUCUACAGUGAGGCCCUUCCGGUGUGCGACGACCCCCUAGACUUCUUCAUCAUUAAUGUAGGUGGCAGCCGCUAUGUGCUGUCCCAGGAGCUGUUGGCGUCCUAUCCGGAAACGCGCUUGGGCAAGCUGGCUCUGUCCACGCGGGACUCGGCCCUGGAGCUGUGUGACGAUGCAGACUUCCUGGAGAAUGAGUUCUUCUUCGAUCGCAACUCGCAGACAUUCCAGUAUGUGAUGAACUACUACCGAACAGGCCAUCUGCAUGUGAGGGAGGAGCUGUGUGUGGUCUCCUUUCUGCAGGAGAUUGAGUACUGGGGCAUUGACGAGGUUCAAAUUCACCCCUGCUGUCGCGACCGCUACUACCGCCGCAAGGAGCUCAAGGAGAGCAUGGACGUCCACCGCGAGGCCAAGGCUGACGACAGCGAGGAUGAGGACUUCUCGGGUGCCGCCUGCCCGGCUUAUCGCCGCCAGCUGUGGGACGUGCUGGAGAAGCCAGACUCGUCACGCAUGGCCCGCACCUUUGGCAUGCUCUCCAUUUUCUUCGUGGUGGCGUCCAUCAUCAACAUGGCACUCAUCUCGCUGGACCUCGGACACCUCGAGGGCGGGGGCUUCAGCACAGCGGGGAAUCCAACUAGUCCGCCGCUGAUCCUGGACGUGUUGGAAUACGCAUGCGUGGUCUGGUUCACGGGCGAGCUGGGGCUGCGCUUCUUGUGCGUGCGCGACAAGUGUCGCUUUAGCCGAAGCGUGCCCAACGUGAUCGACCUGCUGGCCAUCCUCCCCUUCUAUGUGACGCUGGCUGUGGAGAGCCUCCACGGGGGCUCCAGUGAGCUGGAGAACAUGGGCCGCGUGGUGCAGGUGCUGCGCCUCAUGCGGGCCCUCCGCAUGCUGAAGCUGGGACGACACUCCACAGGCCUCAAGUCCCUGGGCAUGACCAUCACCCAGUGCUAUGAGGAGGUGGGCCUGCUCAUCCUUUUCCUCUCCGUGGGCAUCUCCAUCUUCGCCACCGUCGAGUUCGCUCUGGAGCACGACCUGCCGGGCACCACCUUCUCCAGCGUGCCCUGCGCCUGGUGGUGGGCCACCACCUCCAUGACCACGGUGGGCUACGGAGACAUCCGGCCCGAAACCACCCCGGGCAAGGUGCUGGCCUUCCUCUGCAUCCUGUCGGGCAUCCUCAUCCUGGCGCUGCCCAUCGCCAUCAUCAACGACCGCUUCUCCGCCUGCUACUUCACCCUCAAGAUGAAGGAGGCGGCGCUGCGCCACGGCGAGGCGCUCAAGAGGCUGGCGAGGGGCUCGGUAGGGGACUUGGGCGCCGACGGCAAGGGGGUGAACCUGAGGGACGCGUACGCCCGCAGCAUGAUGGAGAUGCUGAGGUUGCAGGGCAGGGAAAGGGCCAGCACCAAGAGCAGUGGUGGGGAUGAGCUCUGGUGGUAG